AUGAAAAACAGAAAACUUGCAACAGAUUCGCUUGAACAGCAAUCCUCAUAUUUACCACUGUGGCACAGUCUGCGAGACUGGUCAUUGUGUAAGAUUUGGACAACUGGUCUUGGUAUCAUCGUUAUAGUCGUAGUCAUUAUUGUCGGAACGAUCAUGGGCGUGAGGGCUAAUCGAUACCCCAAUUAUCAGCCUUUGCCUUAUGAGCUAGUGGAGGUAUACGAAGGAGCCGGGUUUUUCGAUCAGUUUGAUUAUUUUACCGACCCAGACCCAACAGAAGGAUCCGUGCUAUAUGUCGAUAAGCAUACUGCACAAGCUCUGAAUCUCACAUAUGCGACUGAAACCUCGGCUAUUCUACGGGUUGACUCGGUUACACCAAAGCCUGUCGGGAAUCGUAGCUCUGUACGCAUCGAGUCCAAAUCGAAAUACGAUACCGGGCUCUUUCUAUUCGAUAUCAUCCACACUCCCUAUGGCUGCGGUAGCUGGCCAGCCCUCUGGCUCACAGAUGGAUAUAAUUGGCCUACCAAUGGCGAAAUCGAUCUUCUUGAGGCUUCAAAUCAGGGCUCACAGGGGAAUGAGGUCAGCAUCCAUACCACGCAAGGGUGUAAGAUGAAUGUGAAGCGAAAACAGAUAGGGCAGGCUAUAUCCAAUGACUGUCACAGCCCCAAUACUGGCUGUGGCGUGAGAGGGGAUCCAUUGACUUAUGGUGAGCGUCUGAAUGGGAAUGGAGGUGGAGUAUACGCAUUGGAAAUUCGCGAGGCAGGCAUUCGUGCUUGGUUUCUCCGACGCAAUUUGAUGCACAAUCUCAAUAUGGACCCUCCUGAUCCGUCUACCUGGGGUACUGCAUUAGCUGAUUUCCCUAACACGGAAUGUGAUAUCCCAUCGUAUUUCAAGAACCAGAGCAUCAUCGUGAAUAUCGAUCUCUGUGGGACCAUGGCCAAUGAGUCUUGGUUGAGGAAUGAAUGUCCGGGUCUCUGUCCUGAUUUUGUGGCCAAAAGCCCGUUUGAGUUUGAAGAUGUGUACUGGGAAUUUGCAAGUUUCAAGGUAUAUCAAGUGAUUUAA